GCACCUGGAGGGAAGAACGUAUGGGAGAGGAAGGAAGCGAGUUGCCUGUGUGUGCGAGCUGCGGCCAGAGGAUCUAUGACGGCCAGUACCUCCAGGCCUUGAACACUGACUGGCACGCAGACUGCUUCAGGUGUUGUGAAUGCAGUGCCUCCCUCUCACACCAGUACUAUGAGAAGGAUGGGCAGCUGUUUUGCAAGAAGGACUAUUGGGCCCGCUAUGGCGAGUCUUGCCACGGGUGCUCAGAGCACAUCACCAAAGGGCUGGUCAUGGUGGCCGGGGAGCUGAAGUACCACCCCGAGUGCUUCAUCUGCCUCACAUGCGGGACUUUCAUCGGUGAUGGGGACACCUACACGCUGGUGGAGCACUCCAAGCUGUACUGCGGGCACUGCUACUACCAGACCGUGGUGACUCCCGUCAUCGAGCAGAUCCUGCCUGACUCCCCCGGCUCUCACCUGCCCCACACAGUCACCCUAGUAUCUAUCCCAGCCUCAGCUCAUGGCAAACGUGGCCUCUCGGUCUCCAUUGACCCCCCUCAUGGUCCGCCAGGUUGUGGCACAGAGCACUCGCACACCGUCCGCGUCCAAGGAGUGGACCCAGGCUGCAUGAGCCCGGAUGUGAAGAAUUCCAUCCAUGUCGGAGACCGGAUCCUAGAAAUCAAUGGCACACCCAUCCGUAAUGUGCCCCUGGAUGAGAUUGAUCUGCUGAUCCAGGAAACCAGCCGCCUGCUCCAGCUGACUCUUGAGCACGACCCCCACGACACACUGGGUCAUGUGCCAGGGUCUGAGCUCAGCCCCCUGGGCUCCCCUGUUCACACUCCUAGUGGGGAGGCGGGCAGCUCUGCCCGACAGAAGCCUGUCCUGAGGAGCUGCAGCAUUGACAGAUCUCCGGGUGCUGGCUCGCUGGGCUCCCCUGCCUCCCACCGCAAGGACCUGGGGCGCUCCGAGUCCCUCCGCGUGGUCUGCCGGCCACAUCGAAUCUUCCGGCCUUCGGACCUCAUCCACGGGGAGGUGUUGGGCAAAGGCUGCUUUGGCCAGGCCAUCAAGGUGACACACCGAGAGACGGGAGAGGUGAUGGUCAUGAAGGAGCUGAUUAGAUUUGACGAGGAGACACAGAGGACAUUUCUCAAGGAGGUGAUGGUCAUGAAGGAGCUGAUUAGAUUUGACGAGGAGACACAGAGGACAUUUCUCAAGGAGGUGAAGGUCAUGAGAUGCCUGGAGCACCCCAAUGUGCUCAGGUUCAUCGGGGUGCUCUACAAGGACAAGAGGCUCAACUUCAUCACCGAGUACAUCAAGGGGGGCACGCUCCGGGGCAUCAUCAAGAGCAUGGACAGCCAGUACCCAUGGAAUCAGAGGGUGAGCUUUGCCAAGGAUAUCGCUUCGGGAAUGGCCUACCUCCACUCCAUGAACAUCAUCCACCGGGAUCUCAACUCCCACAACUGCCUGGUCCGUGAGAACAAGAACGUGGUGGUGGCCGAUUUUGGGCUGGCACGGCUCAUGAUAGAUGAGAAGACGCAUCCCGAGGACCUGCGAAGCCUCAAGAAGCCAGACCGCAAAAAGCGUUACACAGUGGUAGGCAACCCCUACUGGAUGGCACCCGAGAUGAUCAACGGCCGCAGCUAUGAUGAGAAGGUGGAUGUGUUUUCCUUUGGAAUAGUCCUGUGUGAGAUCAUCGGGCGGGUGAAUGCCGACCCCGACUACCUGCCUCGCACCAUGGACUUUGGCCUUAAUGUGCGAGGCUUUCUGGACCGCUACUGCCCCCCAAACUGCCCCCCGAGCUUCUUCCCCAUUACUGUGCGCUGCUGCGAUCUGGACCCAGAGAAAAGGCCCUCCUUCAUGAAGCUGGAGCAGUGGCUGGAGACCCUCCGCAUGCACUUGGCUGGCCACUUGCCACUGAGUCCACAGCUGGAGCAACUAGACAGGGGUUUCUGGGAGACCUACCGGCGUGGUGAAAGUGGACUGCCUGCCCACCCUGAGGUCCCUGACUGAGCCCAGCCCACCCAACAGCCCCUGGCCGCACUCUGGGGAGUCCACCCUGCACCAGAUUUCUCUGCAGGUGGUAGCCAGGUGUGGAGCCCUUAGCGGGCAGUGGGCACCCAGAUCCCUCCCCAGCACCAGGCUGACUUGCCUUCUCCUACCCUGCGGGCUAUGGCCCCUGCCUUGUCUCUGCCCGUGGCCCCAGAGCUGGCCUGGCUGCCCACACAUCAUCACUUCGCCCCUCCUUACCUCUGUCUCGGUGGGGCUGUCCCCUCACUUCUUCUUGCAUGAGCUGGAGGGCCCGUGUGAGUUGUGCCCCAUCCUGCACCCCACCGCCCGGCCAUCCUGCGCACGCUCCACCUAUCUGCAGCUCCUCCAAGGCUGGGCUGGAGUACAGCCUCAGACCGUGCCCUGUCACAGCUGGGCACAUAGGAGGAUGUGUGUCAAGGGAGAGGCCAUGUUUCCAGGAGCCAUAGAGGAGUCUGGGGCCCAUCACCCCCCGAGGGGUAUCUAGGUAGUAGCAGGUAUUGAUAACUAUUCAAACCCCCAAAGCAGAGAGAGGUCCGCUCCUGCUGGGGGGAUGUCCCUACUGGCUAGGCAGCAGCCUUCCUUACUUUGGGUCUUUUUGUUUCUUUAUUGAAUCCACUAUAGCGAGAAGCAGGGAGUCCCUGGGUCAGAGCUGCUGGGAGGAGCCACAGAGGGAGUUUGGGCAGAGCGGACCAGGCAGGUGUCCACCAGCAUUCCGGCCCCCUGAACUUCAUCUCUGCCCCCUCCUGGGCCUCUCCUCAAAGCUCCCUGCAGUGGCUGGAGCAGCCCCUGCCCUUCCCCAUGCCCCUCUUUUCUCUAGGUUCUUUCUGUGUAAUCUAUUUUUUAAGAAGAGUUUGUAUUAUUUUUUCAUACGGCUGCAGCAGCAGCUGCCAGGGGCUUGGGGUUUUAUUUUUUUGGCGGGUGGGGGUGGGGGGGCCAUUUUGUCACUGCCUCAGUUGAGCAUCUAGGAAGUAUUAAAACUGUGAAGCCUUCUCACUGCACUUUGAACCUGGAAAACAAUCUAAACAUGCCCACAGGUCUGCAACUCAGGGAGGUGAGACAGUCACCUCCAUUCAGGAAUCGUAAUGUCUAAGGAACAAAAACCAAACUCAGAACAAUAAACUCAAUUCUGUACUCCCCCCA